GUGAGGUGAUGCCCCCAUUGUCCCGCGUUCCUCCGGGAUUGUACCUGGCCCGGGAGCUGUUGCUGUGCAGUGUCCGGGGGAGGAGCCGGUGGCAGGGCGGUAGCACGGAGCGGCGGCCCCUCUCUGGGCACGUCACACUGUGUACUGGGAGUGAGAGACAGGAGCUCAGCAAACAGGCAACUAGUAGCCCCCAACAAAGCCCGUGUCCUCCGGGGGCCACCUCCUCCGCGCCCAGCGCCGCCGCACUGCCCGGACUUGCCUCAUUCACACUGAGAAGUUUUGUCUGCGGUUUAUUUCUUUAUUUUUCUCCUUUAUUUCCUGGAAUGCAGGAGCGGUGACAGAUGACAGAGCCCGAGUUGUUUUGUCCUGUCCACCCGGGAGCCUGGAGCCGCGGCGGGCAGCUUCACUAAAGCAUGUCUUGCAGUCCUAGUGCGGAAGCAGGUCCGGUUUCGUAGCAGUGAUAGGAUGGCCAGAGACAAUCAGCACUUCAAUCCAAGAAUAUGGAUGUAGUUGACCAUUUUGGUUGUUGGGUAUAAACCACUGCAACCAUAGAUGUUUCUCCCUAUGGACCAUAUUCCUCAAUAUAGGACCUAUGCUGGAGUGAUCUGCACUUGAAAUGCGGUAUACUUGAAGGACUGUUUUCCAAAGCCUGUGCUCCGAUCAGAACAUCUGCAGUGUUGGAGAACAAGUCAUUUCAUACCUUAUGAGGGAAACUGCUGAUGUGGGGAAGAAUAUUGCAGAGUGAGAGGAGUCAUGAGUGAUACAGAAGUUGCUGCUGAGGGAUCCACCUGUGGGAAACUUUGUAGCAGAUUUGUGAAGGUCUGUGUAAACGUUAUGCUUAUUAAAUAGCAUAUAACUAAAUCCUGAGGUCUCCUUACCAGUCGGUCCUGGAUAGGCUUUGAAUUUCCUACCUGAUGUUUUGCUGGUAAUGGAACGAAGGAAACAAUUGGAUAUGGAACUACGUGAGUCAGCUGCUAAGUCAAAUAAAAAUGAUAUGGACGAUGACAAGCCAACGUGUUUUAGUUGUGUUAUAUGUGGGAAAAGUUUCCCUUUCCAGAGCUCCCUCUCUCAGCACAUGCGAAAGCACACGGGGGAAAAGCCAUAUAAAUGUCCUUACUGUGAUCACAGGGCUGCACAGAAAGGAAACUUGAAGAUACACCUCCGUACCCAUAGGACUGGUACACUAGGCCAGGCUCAUGAUGUUGAAAUGGGUGAUUCACAUGUUGGAGAGCUAGGAGCAUCUGAAGGUAUGGGAGUAUGUGCUAGUCCAACAAAGAGCACAUCUGCUUGUAACAAAAUCCUUAAUGGCUCCCUUCAAAUGGAAGAUUCAGAUGUAGUUGAAGAUGACACACCAGGUGACUACAACUGUAUGUUUUGCAAAAACAAGUUUGAUCGAAGGAAGGAGUUUGACCAACAUCUUAUACAAGUGCACAAGCCAUAUAAAUGCAGGUUUUGCAAUUACAUGACUUUACGAGAGGAAACUUUAUUAAACCACAUUGAAAAAGACCAUAUCACAACAGCAAUUCCAUUGAAUAGGGAUGCAUACUCAGAAAAUUGUAAAAAUGAACUUAAUGCUGGUGAGUUCCCUUGUGAAAUCUGUGGCCAGGCUUUUGGUCAAGCAUGGUUUUUAAAAGCUCAUAUGAAAAAGCAUCGGGGAUCAUUUGACCAUGGUUGCCAUAUAUGUGGCAGGAGAUUUAAAGAACCCUGGUUUCUAAAAAACCAUAUGAAAUCUCAUGGCCCUAAGACUGGUAACAAAAACAAACCCAAGUCUGAUACUGAACCUGUAGCUACCAUAAAUGAUGUUGUUCAGGAAGAAACAAUAAUGACAGGCUUGUGUCUGUACGAAGUUUGUGUAAAAUGUGGAAAUUUAUUUACAAAUCUGGAAAGCCUUAGCAUGCACAAUUUGGUCCACUGCAGUAUGGAAGAUUGCUCGGAAGACAAAACUGCUCCAAAAAGUGAUAAGCUGGCUAAUGUGAGUUCAGAGACUACUGCUUCAAAGCAGUUUUUUUUCGACUAUCUGAAAUUAAAACCUUUAGAAGAUGUACCUGAAAGUACAGAUGCAGAGCAGGGGAAGAGAGUACCGGAACUUGACCCAGUCAAUAGCUAUCAAGCUUGGCAGCUUGCCACCAAAGGCAGAGUUGCAGAGCCAACAGAGUAUGUCAAGUACUUGGGAUGGGAUGAAACCUUGGCUGAUGCAGAUGUCUCUUAUGAUAGAGAUAAAGGGGAAUAUAUACAGGUCAAUCAGGAGAAGCGUAAACGGGAGCCAGAAAGUAACAACACCAGCAAUCCAAAGAGGCGCAAUUGCUCAAGUGGUAGCCGCUCGGAGAAAAACAGCAUACAGUCUACAGAAAGUGUUGUGGAGACAUCUAAUGAUUUAGAAUUUAGACCUCCUUCACGUCAAAGCCGCAGAUCUUCUCAAAACAAAUCUACUGAAUGCUUUGAGUGUGGAAAGAUUUUCAGGACGUAUCAUCAAAUGGUGCUUCAUUCCAGGGUUCAUCGAAAAGAGCAUAGAAGUCUAAGUGAGAGUGGUUCGGUUUCUCAGCAUGAGAGAUAUGGAUCAAAUAGCGAGGGUGACUCCGCUAGCAGACCCAGUAGUCCUGACUCUGCUUCUAUCCCAGAAGACUCUUUGGCAUAUGGUAUUGAGGAUGAUGGAGAGGAGGAGGAUGAUAGCUUUGAGGAAGCAACUACGUCAUCACCAGGGAUGAAGCCAUAUCACCGUGAAUUUUCUGGAGAGGAUAUGGAUGUGGAAAUACCUAGUGCAAACCAUCAAACCAUAAAGUCUGAAGACACCAGCAAAUGUGAAAACCUUGAUGUGCAAAGUCCUUCCUUAGUCUCUGAUAAGCAACUGAACCUUUCUUUUGUGAAAACAGAGUAUCCCUCUGACUUAAAAGUACCAGCAUUCAAAUACAACAAAGACCCUCACAGAUCUAGUCAGAAUGUUAGCUCGCCCCAUCCUGUAAUACAAAAUAAUUUGGAACCAGUUAAUUCAAAAAAACAGUUGUCAUCUGAAAUAACUCAUGUAAUGGCAUUUGGCUUGCUGAAAGAGAACUUGGCAUUAGAGAAUAAUGGGGCAGAGAAUCAAGAGCUCAUUCCCUUGGAUUUAAGUGAAAAAUCAAGCAGGAGUGAUGCUUGUAGUAAAAGUGCUACUGAUGCAUUGCAAGCUGAGCUGGUUGUUCAUCAGUGUCCCUACUGUAGUCAUAAGACUCAUUACCCUGAAGUUUUGUGGAUGCACAAAAGAAUUUGGCAUAAAGUUAGUUGUAACUCCAUGGCUCCUCAGUGGAUUCAACAAAAUGGUUUCAAACAUCUGAAAAAUAAUGUUCUUUUUCUGGUCAGAAAUGGGCGUACGGGACCUCCUCCAGCUCUUGGCGGCAAAGAAUGUCAACCAUUGCCCAUAGCUAGGUUCACACGUACACAGAUGCCAAAUCAGCCUCCAGCACCCAAAGGCAACCCAUCAAAUUUAGGAAAUAAUUCAAAGGCAUGUGCAUCUCAGGUGCGUCUUAACUCUCGAGGCAUCAGUGGGCCCAAAACAUCAAACUUUGAUGCGCAGCGACAGCCCAAAGUAAUACCUGCUCAGGAACAAUAUAGCACAAUGGUCCAACAACCAGCAACAAAAGUCAAGUAUGACACAAGUCCUAAACUGACCCAAACUGGAAGUUAUAGCAGAAAUCAUCCACAGGUUCAGGCAUCCGCAUCGAGACAAAUUCUGCAGCCUUCUAGUAGUAAACAAGCAGAAAAAUACAUGAUGUCCCAGGGAGUAUCCAGUUUUACAUCUCCAAACAAACUUUCUGUGUCUGAUGUGAUAAAAAACAAAUUCACACUGUCACAGACACAAUUUCCAUUCCAGAAAGUAGAGCCACAUGUUAAACAGGAGAGCCCUGUAGUGCCUCAAAGGGAAUCUCAGGCCAAGAUUAUUAAUGAACUUGGAGCUGUGUCCAACAGUAGUGCUGGACCCAAAACAAGCCCUGUGUUACAAACUCAUCCGAGUGCAAUGGGCACUCAAUCACCUUUCCAACCAAUAAAACAAGAGCCUGUGGCUGAGGGCCUUGAAAAGCGUGUAGACAUUCUGAAUAUCUUCAAGACCUACAUUCCAAAGGACUUAGCAACACUGUACCAAAGUUGGGGAGCCAAUAGUAGUUUGGAUAAUGCAGGAAUGCUUAGGACACAGGCACGACAAGGAGACUAUGUUUGCAUUGAGUGUGGGAAGUGUUUCACCCAGCCAAGCCACUUAAGGACCCAUAUGCGGUCUCAUACAGGGGAGAGACCAUUCCAGUGCAGAUAUUGUCCAUACAGUGCCUCUCAAAAAGGGAACCUAAAGACACAUGUGCAAUGUGUGCACCGGGUACCUUUCGAUAACAGCGAGUACCCAGACAAGCAACUUCUUCGACCCCAAGGUGACAAUCCCAACAGUUACAUGGAUGAACAGCUGGAAAAUUUGCCUUCAAAUCAUCAAGUCCCUGGGGCUGUUGUAUCAAAGUGAAGAAAACAUUG